CAGGAUGAGUCUAACAGAAACCAUAACAAUACACAUUUUAUUUUCAAGCUGGUUUUGGCAGUCAGGUUCAUCUUUUAACAAUCUGUUUUACAAUUGGAUUCAUGGCAAACAGGACAGUUAUACUUCAGACAAACGAAUCAAAGUACAAUCAGUCAGGCUGGAAUGACCUAUUUCUUCCUCUCAGUUUAAACUGUACAACGAUUUUGAAUGAAAAUGCUCAUGAAGUUUUCAGUCUGUAUAGAACAGAAAGUAUUAAAGUAAUCAAAGCUGUUUACGACACAUUCUAUUUUGAUCUUGAACGAGCAAUUCCUGAUGAUAUCAGUAAAACCAUAAGACGUUUUCACUCAGACCCUCAGCUUUGGUGGGCUGGACAAAUAGCUUCGUAUAUACUAAGACCAUCUGAACGUUUAAGACAAUAUAUUGCUGAAAAGAAAAAAACACUUGGAUUCACAGACGUAAUUGUUGGACUUCAAAUUCGAAGGACAGAUAAACUCUCUGAAGCUAACUACUAUAAUCUAACAGAAUAUAUGAAGGCUGCAGAUAAUUGGUUUGAUAAUUAUGAAAACAAAACUGGGACAACUGGUAAAAAGCGCACAAUAUUCAUUGCAACUGACGAUCCAGGAGUAGUUAAGGAGGCCAGACAAAAGUUUUCUGACCAUACCAUUAUAAAUGAUAUAGAUGUAACUGUUGCUGCUAGUAAACGCGGGACGAGAUAUCAAUAUUCAUCAUUAGUAGGCAUUAUACUAGACACAUUUUUGCUAUCAAUGUGUGACUAUAUUGUCUGUACUAUGACAUCAAAUAUUUGUAGACUUGCUUUUGAGCUCAUGCAGAUUCGUCAUAUAGAUGCAACUACAGAUGCGAAGUCUUUAGACUGUCCAUACUUCAUACAGAAGCUUUACAAAAGGCAUUGUAAAAUACGACCAACACGACUUAGUGCAGUAGAGAAAAUGCUAAAAGGUGUUUUUUGAAAUAAAAAGGAAUAAUGUUAUGUUAACAUGAAAAAUUUAUGAUUCGAAAAGAAAAAUUUUGUGAUCAAUUAGACAUAAACUUAAUUUAAAAGAAAAUAUGAUAUUUGAAAAAAGGUAGACUUUUUCAAGCGUUCCUUAUUAUUAGUUUAUUUCAUAUACACCGUUUUCGUUGCAAAUUUACGUUAUAUCGUCAGCAAUAAUUAUUCUUAUAUAUUAGCGGUAUUCCGAUAAUAUCUGAAACUAUAAUAAUAUGGAUCGUUUGUAUCUUAAACAAAACUGAUAGUAUUUCCAAAAUAGGCCUGUACAUUUAUUUUUAAAACAUCGUCAAAACUAUGAAAGAAAGUGUUGUUAGGAAAUACGAGUAUAAAUAGCUAUUAAUCGUUUAGCCUGGACGUUUUAACAAUAUUAUAUUACUAAAUUUUCUUCAACAUGUAACGGCCCAGUGGUGCUUAUAUAUACAAAUCUAUUUAUUUAUAAAAGAAGUCUUUUGUUUUUCUAAUUAUAAGAAUUUAUUUGUUAUAUCAAAAUUAUCAUACUUUCAUUUAUUGCGAAUCUUAUCCACAUGCAUUUCGUUUAUUCAUGAAUAUUAAUAAGAUUAUAUUCAUCACUGGUUCUUCAAAAAAAUUU